CAAAUCUAAUAAGCAUCUGAGGAACAAAAAAAUGAUGAUCAUCACGAGAACUUCUGCCUUUGCUUUCCUACAAUUGCUAAUGAUUGAAUCAGCAGUAGGCCAGGCUCUGGUGAAGCCUGGUUGUAAAGAGCAUUGUGGGAAUGUCAGCAUUCCAUACCCCUUUGGAAUCAGAGCAGAUUGCUACAUGCACAAAGAGUUUGAGGUCUCCUGCGGUGAAACUUCCAACCCCCCUACAAAUUUACUAACCAGCAUAGAGACUGAGGUGCUGUAUUUCUCUCUUGAUCACAGUAUAGUUAAUGUCAAAAUACCAAUCACCUCUCAGCAGUGUUCUGUAAGAUUGAAUUUUUUGGAUUUCUCGGGGAGUCCUCUCAUGUCCUACAAAGGGAGAAUGUUGUUGCUCCCUGAGGGAUAUGUUCCAGCUUUGUUAGACAGGGUGAUUACUGAUGAGGAUCCAUCACAAUUACCAUAUAGAUAUGAUCAUGCAUUUAAUUGUUCCCAGUUUAAUGGUACCAUUGCUAAUUCUUCCUUCUUUAUAAUACUUCUUCCCUCCGUACCUUAUGGAUGUCAAGGAAUUAACCUAGGGUUUGGAGUAGUGUGUUUACCUAUUGAGUUGGAGAGAGCGACUAACGAUUUCAACAGGAAUAAAAUACUUGGUCAAGGAGGCCAGGGCACUGUUUAUAAAGGAAUGCUGGCUGGUGGAAGAAUUGUUGCAGUUAAGAAGUCCAAAAUAUUGCAUAAAGACAAAGUUAAAGAGUUCAUCAAUGAGUACAUACAUGAUUACAAUGAGGACUUCCCAUUAACCUGGGAAAGAAGGUUAACAAUUGCCACAGAAGUUGCAGGUGUACUUUCCUACUUGCACUCAGCAGCCUCCAUUCCCAUUUAUCAUAGAGACGUUAAGUCCUCAAAUAUUCUAAUGGAUGGAAAGGAGAGCUCUGCACAUGAAGAGAUAACAAAGGUUGCUAAACUUGCAUAUCAAUGCUUGAGCUUGAGUGGUAGAAAGUGGCCAAAGAUGAUAGAAAUUGCUGCGGAGUUAGAACAGAUUUGUCUUUCACAAAACUAUUCAAAUGGUCAACAAAAUCAUGAAGAGGUUAGGUAUGUCAACGCUGGAGUAACCAAUCGUUGGGAUGGCACCUCGAAUUCAACAGGUUCAGGUUUGGACCCUGGAGUAGCUUUGUCACUAGACAUGGAGUCGUGAAUUUCCAGUUAAUCAUGGGGACUUAAAUGAUUUAUCCUAGAGUGCAUUUACUCCAUGUUAGGGGAUGUAAUAAGUUCUUUCUUUUUUGAGUUUGAAAUUUUUUAGUUCAUUUAAUUUUUAUUUUUGUCACAUUGUAGUUCAAAGUUCAAAUAAGGUAUGCACAACUUG